UGAUUACAUUGCACCUCUCUCUCUCUCUCUAUCGCUGCCUGGCCUCUGCACUGCGCUGGCCUCGCAUUGCUCUUGGCAUUGCAUCUCUCUCUCACUACCUUCGUGCUCUUCCUCUGCCUCUCGGCGUAGUACACCAGGGCCGUGCUAUCACACUGCCGCCGCUGCGCUAGACUUACUUGCAGCUGCAGUAGCAGGUCGCUAGCUCUCAUCUGCUUCGGCUUCAGUUUUUCUGUCAUCCUCGCUUCCUCGCUAGUUUUCGUGAGUACGCAGUAGCCAUGAGGCCGCCUAUGCGUGGGGGGCGCGGCGGGGGUGGAGGGUUUCGUGGAGGAAGUGGUGGUGGAUUCCGUGGGGGUCGAGGCGGAUUUGGAGGUCGAGGAGGAGGUCGUGGAGGCUACGAUGAAGGGCCUCCAGAAGAAGUCGUCGAGGUGGCCUCUUAUCUGCACGCUUGCGAAGGAGAGGCAGUCACGAAGUUGACGAACGAAAAAAUCCCUUACUUCAAUGCACCCAUAUACUUGGAAAACAAGACGCAAGUCGGGAAAGUGGAGGAGAUUUUCGGGCCUAUCAAUGAAGCCAUGUUUUCUGUAAAGAUGCAAGAGGGAAUUAUUGCCACUUCAUACAAGCCUGGUGAUAAGUUUUUCAUCGACCCUGCCAAAUUGCUUCCACUAGCUCGGUUUCUACCUCAGCCCAAGGGAACAACUCCCGGAGGUGGUCGUGGUGGCAGAGGUGGAGGUCGUGGAGGACGAGGUGGGGCAAGGGGCGGAGGUCGUGGUGGAUUUGGAGCAAGGGGCAGUGGUCGUGGCGGUAGCGGCGGGGGAUUCCGGGGUGCUCGGGGUGGCGGUGGCGGAUUCCGGGGUGGAGCCAGGGGUGGUGGAGGAUUCAGAGGGAGAGGAGGUUAGAGCGAUCGUCUGGCUGCUUUUUCAGAUCUCUGAUCAUCAAGUUAAGGUAAGAGGGGAGGAUUGAAUGCUGACGACAGUCACGUCUCUUCUUUCACGUGUGAAAAUCUAGUGCAGAUUAGGUUUUGGCUUUCUUACCUCGUAGAUGUAAUUAGAUCUCUGAGGGCGGAAAUGAAUCCCACCCAGGGGUAUCUGCUGUUAAAGUGUUGAGCACGUGCCGGGAAGGGCAGCCUACGCUACUUGAGUUUCAGGUUUUUUUUUGUAGCUUUUAAUCUUUGUUGCGUUCCUUUAGUAGCUUGCUUAAGCUGUGCGCACGCAGAUCUGUCAGGCCAUAUUCCUUUCAGAGUGUAAAAUCAGAACAGCUCCUUUUCUGUGUAAUGAUAGCAGCUUGCCUUGAUUGUCAUUGGUAAAACACUCCCCUUAAUGUUGAUAUCUUACAAGGCUGAUUUCCUCUGCUUUUUGAGGACUAGGUCUCGGUUUUGCACCGACGAAUUGCGUCUUUAA